AUGGCAGCUCGUCAACGUACCUCGGCCACCGUAGUGGUCGAGAAGCCCCAGAAGACCAAUGAGCCUGUCUUCCCUGACAUCCAGACCAUCAGGGACGCCAUUCCGCCUCAUUGCUUUGAGCCCUCGCUUGUGACAUCGUUCUACUAUGUCUUCCGUGACCUCACCAUGGUUGCCGGCCUCGUCUGGGCUGCUCUUACCUACAUUCCCGCCAUCCAGGACCCCAUCUUCCGUGCUACCGCCUGGAUGGUCUACGGCUUCGUCCAGGGUCUUAUCUGCACCGGUGUUUGGAUUCUGGGCCACGAGUGCGGUCAUGGCGCCUUCUCCAAGAACACCAAGCUGAACGACUGCGUCGGCUGGGUUCUCCACUCUUUCCUUUUGGUUCCCUACUUCUCGUGGAAGUUCUCUCACCACCGUCACCACCGCUUCACUGGUCACAUGAAGAAGGACAUGGCUUUCGUCCCUCCCACGCAGCCCAUGACCUCCAGCAAGCCCUUGUUCGGCAGCAUCGAUCUCCAUGAGCUCUUUGAGGACACGCCCAUCACCCAGCUCAUCACCCUCAUCGCCCACCAACUCUUUGGAUGGCAGGCGUAUCUCUUUUUCAAUGCCACUGCUGGUAAGGGUAGCUUGCAACGCGAAGUGAGCGGUAUUGGGCGUUGGUUCGGCGUCAGCCACUUUGGCCCUACCAGCGCUGUCUUCCGUCCCAACGAGGCCAUCUUCAUUGCCAUCUCCGACAUUGGUUUGGCCAUCACCUUUUCCGCCCUGUACAAGGCCUCACAGGUUCUUGACGUCUCCACCGUCAUGCUCCUCUACGCGGUCCCCUACUUCUGGGUCCACCACUGGCUUGUUGCUAUCACCUACCUGCACCACAACCACCCAGAAGUUCCUCAUUACACUGAGGAGGGCUGGACCUUUGUCAAGGGUGCCCUUGCUACCAUUGACCGCGAGUUCGGCUUCAUCGGCAAGCAUCUGUUCCACGGUAUCAUUGAGAAGCACGUUGUUCACCACCUCUUCCCUCGUAUCCCUUUCUACAAGGCCGAUGAGGCUACGGAGUCAAUCAAGCCUCUUCUGGGUGACCUUUACCACCGCGACGACCGCAGCUUCCUAGGCCAGCUGUGGUCUGUCUUCGGCUCUCUGAAGUAUGUGGAGCAGGAUCCCAACUGCCCGGGUGCUAUGAGAUGGGCCAAAUAA